CUCGAGGGAAACGAGUGGGCAAAACUAAUCGAAAACUUCACCGGUUUCAAGAAUGGCUUGGUUAGGCUCUCUCCCGGCGGGUGGGUCUACUCGAAGAAUUAUUGUAACUUCGCCGACAAACUCUAUAACUUCGAGUUCCGCAAGAGCGACGUGCUGGUGAUGACGUGGCCAAAAUGCGGCACAACGUGGACGCAGGAGAUCGUGUGGACGAUGAGGAACAACAUGGAUCUCGAUCACCCCGAGGCGGAGCGGCCAUCUUGGAUCGGGUGCCGUUCAUGGAAGCCGACAUGUUCCAUUCCGAAGACGAAUCCGAAAGCGAGAGGCCCGUGUCCGAAUCCUUCAAAAAGCUGUGUCCGAACGCCGACCCGCGCGACGGCGUGAACCUCCAGCUGGCUCAGUCACUCCCCGACCCUCGUACGCUGAAGACGCAUCUGCCUUUCUCUCUCUUCGCUCCUUCGCUCCUGGAGAAGGCCAAGGUGGUGUACGUCGCCAGGAACCCGAAGGACGCGGUGCUCUCCUACCUGCACCACCACAGGCUCUUCAGGCAGCUGUCCUUCCUCGGUUCCCUGGAGACCUUCGUCGAGUACUUUCUCGAAGAUAAUUUGCUCUACGGGCCCUACUGGCUGCACCUGAAGGAAGCAUGGGAGAGGCGUCCGCAUCCCAACCUGCACUUCGUUUUCUAUGAGGAUCUGAAGGCGGACAUUAUGGGGGAACUAAAGAGAUUGGAUGCCUUUCUCGGGACGGGACUCAGCCACGAUCAACUCGCCAAUGUCGCCAAAUACACCAGUUUCGGAGAGAUGAAAGCGAGAAACAAUCUGUUGAUAAACAAAGACAUCUUCAAGAACGCAGAAAUUAUCGACCAAGAAGUCCUCCAGAAAGACGGUGGAUUCUUCAGGCAAGGUAAAUCUGGGGACUGGAAGACUAAAUUAACACCUGACUUGAUUGAGAAGCUGGACGACUGGAUCAGUGAAAAGUGUGAUUUUGGAAUUAGCUUUAAGUGACGCUUGUGUCCAGUUAAAUUAGUUGAAUUCAAAGGAAAUUUGUAAAGUUGGGAAACAAGCAAUAUAAUGGAAUAAAGUGAUGUUAAGCAAU